GGCAGUGCACAAGCAAAAAAUGUAACCCGUGUCACAGAAUUUCAUCUCAUGGGACUCUCAGAGGAUCCAGACCUGCAGCCCAUCUUCUUUGCUCUGUUCCUGACCAUGUACCUGGUCACAGUGCUUGGGAACCUGCUCAUCAUUAUGAUCAUCAUCUCUGACUCCCACCUCCACACCCCCAUGUACUUCUUCCUCUCCAACCUGUCCUUGGCUGAUGUCUGUUUCAUCUCUACCACCGUACCAAAAUUGAUUGUGAACAUCCAAACUCAGAGAAGAGCCAUCUCCUAUGAGGGCUGCCUCACACAGAUGUCUCUUUUUGUCAUUUCCGGGUGCAUGGAUGACAUGCUCCUGACGGUGAUGGCCUAUGACCGGUUUGUGGCCAUCUGUCACCCCCUGCAAUACCAUGCCAUCGUGAACCCCCGCCUCUGUGUCUCCUUGGUUUUGUUGUCUUUCUUCUUUAGCCUUUUGUAUUCCCAGUUGCACAAUUUUAUUGCUCUGUACUUUGUCUACUUCAGGGAUGUAGAAAUUGCCAAUUUCUUCUGUGAACCAUCUCAAAUUCUUAAUCUAACAUGUUCUGAUACCAUUACCAAAUAUAUAGUCAUGUAUUUUUUUGGUAGUAUCUCUGCUUUUGUUCCUCUCCUGGGGAUCUUUUUUUCAUACUAUAAAAUUGUUUCCUCCAUUCUGAGAGUCUCAUCCUCAGGGGGCAAAUAUAAAGCCUUCUCCACCUGUGGAUCUCACCUGUCAGUGGUGUGCUUGUUUUAUGGGACGGCCAUUGGAGUGUACCUUAACUCAGCUCUAUCGAAGUCCCCCAGAAACAGUGCAGUGGCCUCCGUGUUAUACACUGUGGUCACCCCCAUGCUCAAUCCCUUUAUCUACAGCCUGAGGAACAGGGAGCUGAAGAGCGCACUAUGGAGACUGCAGUGCAUAUCAUUGCAGUCUCAUGGUUUCUAA